CGCUGUGAAGAGGGACGAAAAAAAACACAAGAAAAAGCAAUUGAAGCAAUCAGAAUUGCACCGAGCGAGUGAAUAGAUUCGGUCGAAUCGAGCCAUCUCGGAGCCGCUGCUAAAUAAAAUGGCCAGCUCUGAUUUGAUUUAUCAGUACAAAACGACAUGCAACAAGCUGAAGAAGAUACAGCGAGUAUUGAUCAAACGCUUCGGACCAAGUGUAUCGGAAGUUUCGGACGAGUUCGGUGCGCUAGCGAACAGCUUCAACGAAGCAUUCCAGCCAGAAUAUGCAGCGAAAUGUUACAUCGGUCAAAGCAAAUGCGAAAAGCUUAUCGGCAACGAUACGGGCGAGGUCGAGGCACUGCUCCGUGCGGCACGAUCCUUCCGCACCGCGCACGCUAAGCAGGAGCGGCUGCGGGUGAGCAACAUUGCCCACGCCUACCACGAGGGUGCGUUCCGCUGCUACACGCAAGCCCUUUCCCGCCUGCCCGACAAAUCCGUCAUCGGAGCGGCCAUCAUACGGGAACUGAAGGAAAUCAGCCCGAGCGUGGAGCUGACGAGCGAUUUCAGCUCACCCUGCCAUCGAAUCGCCGAUCUGGAACGGUCGGCGGAGGAAAGUCUGGCCGGGCGCGAUUACGUCGGUGCGUUUGAGAAGCUGUCCGAGAUUUACGACGACGUUACCGAGCGAAAGUGUGAAGCACUGUAUCAGGACGUGAUGCGAAAGAUCGAGGUGUCCCGGCUGCUGUUGCUGUGUUUGCUGCAGCUGCCCCCGUCCGUGCGGUACGAUCAUAAGUUUAUCGAGCGGUACUCCACCGUCGGUGAUGCCGGGCGGGAGUUGAGACCGGACGGAGGUCAGCCGGUCCCACUGCCGGAGGAGCUCGUCUUUCUGCUACAGUCGCUCGUCGUAUCGUGUCAAGCGAAGGAUGUGGAGUCGUUGACGGCGGUGCGGGAUGAGAUGUGUGAGCGGCAAGAUUUAACCAGCUCACAGCAAGCGCUGCUUAAGGAGGUCGUUGCUAAGUACAGCAAAUGAUAUUAGAUGAACCAGUUGGAGAGUGGCUUCUUAGUUUAAAAAUGUUCCAACAAGCGGAACACAAUGCAAGUUAGAAAAAAAAA